AUGAACUGCCCGUCGCCCGUCCACUGCCCUGAGGGGGAUGGCAUGAACCAGAACCCAAAUGCGCUGGCUCCGGCUCUCACCACAAGGCAGGAUUUGAACGGCAUCGCAAAUGCCAGAGUUCUGAGGAGGUUGAAUUCGAUUGAGCAUGUCACUGAAGACGACCCUGGGGACGAUGCAAAGUCUCGAAAGGAGAAGCCCGCCGUGGUGGGCACCAGCGAGGGGGAGGAGGCUCACGUGAACGAACCGUUCAAUCGUGAGGGAGGGCCUCCUGGGGGGUUCAAGGGCUUCCGUGUCUUGAGGGAGUACCCUGGCAGGGUGCGUGAUGUUGUCAAGACUUUUGCCAAGUUCGUUGGCCCAGGAUUUAUGGUCUCCGUGGCUUAUAUCGACCCGGGGAACUAUUCUACAGAUGUGGCUGCGGGUGCUUCGUACAGGUUCCGGCUGCUCUUUAUUGUGCUGAUGUCGAACAUCUUUGCUAUCUUCCUGCAGAGUCUCUGCAUCAAGCUUGGCAGUGUCACCGGUUUUAACCUUGCCGAAGCGUGCAAAGAGUUUCUCCCGAAAUGGCUGAAUAUUGUUCUCUACCUAAUGGCUGAGGCCGCUAUCAUUGCAACAGAUAUUGCCGAGGUGAUUGGCACCGCCAUCGCAAUCAACCUCCUGAUCCCCAAAAUUCCCCUCGUAGCGGGAUGCGCCCUUUCUAUUGUCGACGUCCUGCUGAUACUGAUCUUCUACCGCCCAAAUGGGUCCAUGAAGGGUCUCCGAGCAUUCGAGAUGUUUGUUGUCGCUCUAGUUUUGGGAGUUGUCAUAUGCUUCUGCAUCCAAUUGUCUUUGAUCAAGGACGCAACUGUUGGGGAGGUCUUUCGCGGAUAUGUUCCAUCGUCGGCCCUUGUGCAAUCCCAGGGUCUCUAUCAAGCCUGCGGUAUCCUCGGCGCAACAGUCAUGCCACACAGUCUCUAUCUGGGCAGCGGUAUUGUCCAGGCACGUUUACAAGAUUAUGAUAUCAAAGCUGGUCUCUUUGAAUCUUCAAUAGACCCGUCCAGCUCCGAAAAGCAACCUUACUUUCCAUCUGUUCAAGCGAUUAAAUUUUGUCUCAAGUACUCCGUAGCUGAGCUGGCGCUCUCGCUCUUUACAUUUGCUCUUUUUGUUAACAGCUCCAUCUUGAUAGUGGCAGGUGCUUCUCUCUCAAACACACCCUCAGCCAGCGAUGCCGAUCUCUUCGGUAUCUACCACCUGCUCUCGUCGAGUCUUGCCCCAGCUGCUGGGACCAUCUUCGCCCUCGCGCUCCUGCUAUCCGGCAUCAGCGCGGGAGUCGUCUGCACCAUCGCAGGACAGAUGGUAUCCGAAGGGGCCCUCAACUGGACCAUAGCCCCCUGGCUCCGGAGACUCAUCACGCGGAGCAUCAGCAUCAUGCCCAGCAUCAUCAUCGCCGGCGCCGUGGGGCGCGACGGUCUCACCGCCGCGCUGAACGGGACGCAAGUGGCGCUCAGCGUGAUCCUGCCUUUCGUCUCGGCGCCGCUGGUCUACUUCACCAGCAGGAACAAGUACAUGACGGUCCGGGCCACAGCGGCCGGCGCCGGGGCAGGCGAUGACGAGGAUGCGAUUGGAGCGUCGUUCGAUGGCGCGGCUGAUGUCCCUGAGGCGGGCGAGCAGGCGGACGUCAAGAUGAGAAAUCACUGGGUGACGACGAUCUUCGCGGUCUUGAUCUGGCUGGUUAUGGCGAUCAUGAAUGUCGCGAAUCUGGUGUUAGUGGGGAAGGGGGUAGCUUAG